CGCGGCCCGGAAGUGGCGGGCGGGCGGCGGGGCCGGGGGGCGCGCGGCCUUGCGGGAGGGGUCUGCUGCUCGCGUGUGACUAACUCUUCUCUCCUCUCUCUGCUGGCCGCGCACCCUCCGGAGGACGGGGACGUCCCCGAGGCCCUGGACUGGUCCUGGACUGGGGCUGCUCUUUGGCGUAAAUUGCAAUCGAUUAGGGAUCGUUUCUCAGAAUCGAGUUAGAAGUGAGAGUUCAGAUAAGUGAGGCCGCCACUGCUGCUUUGAACACCUCAGAAGGGGAGAAUGGAUUUAUCAGGAGUGAAAAAGAAGAGCUUGCUAGGAGUCAAAGAAAAUAAUAAAAAGUCCAGCACUAGGGCUCCUUCUCCUACCAAGCGCAAAGAUCGCUCUGAUGAGAAGCCUAAGGAUCGCUCUAAAGAUAAAGGGGCCGCCAAGGAGUCGGGGGAGAAGGACCGCGGCCGCGACAAGGCACGGAAGCGGCGCAGCGCUUCUAGCGGCAGCAGCAGCACCAGGUCUCGCUCCAGCUCCAGCUCCAGCUCGGGCUCCAGUACCAGCACGGGCUCGAGCAGCGGCUCCAGCUCCUCCUCGGCCUCCAGCCGCUCCGGCAGCUCCAGCUCCUCGCGCAGCUCCAGCUCCAGCAGUUCCUCAGGCUCCCCAAGCCCCUCUCGGCGCAGGCAUGACAACCGGCGACGUUCCCGCUCCAAAUCCAAGCCACCUAAGAGAGACGAAAAGGAAAGGAAACGACGGAGCCCGUCCCCAAAACCCACCAAAGUACACAUUGGGAGGCUAACCAGAAAUGUGACCAAGGACCACAUCAUGGAGAUAUUUUCCACCUAUGGGAAGAUUAAAAUGAUUGACAUGCCUGUCGACAGAAUGCAUCCACAUCUCUCCAAAGGCUACGCCUAUGUGGAGUUUGAGAAUCCCGACGAGGCGGAGAAGGCCCUGAAGCACAUGGAUGGAGGGCAGAUUGAUGGCCAGGAAAUCACUGCGACCGCCGUGCUGGCCCCCUGGCCCAGGCCGCCCCCGAGGCGCUUCAGUCCCCCCAGGAGGAUGCUGCCGCCGCCUCCCAUGUGGCGCAGGUCACCACCCCGCAUGAGGAGGAGGUCCCGCUCACCGCGCCGCAGGUCCCCCGUCCGCAGGCGGUCCCGCUCUCCCGGCCGCCGGCGUCACAGGAGCCGCUCGAGCUCCAACUCUUCCCGAUAAGCAGCCACCAGAAUUCCUUCCCCUGUAACUUUAUGCCCUGUCCAACUCAGUUUUGUCACCCUGCUAGCCGGGAUCAGAUCCGUAGGAAAGGAAUUCCCUGCUCGGACAGCCUUCGGAGGGGACGGUCACGACAUUGGCUGUGCGGGUCACGUUCCAGAAACCGUGCGGGUUGGGGUCAUGCCCUUGCAGGUUCCGUAGCUGGAAAGGUCCCUUUUGUGGUGCCCUCGGGGACAGCAGGGUGCCUGGGGCCGGGCUGGAGCCUGCCUGUGUGUCCCUGAGAGCCAGCUCUGCAGGGCAUCACAGUGCACUGUCCCCACCCCCUUGGCAUCUGCCACUCACGGUGGCGUCACUGGUUACCUUGACAACAUGUACAUUGCGUGCUUGUUUUGUUUUGUUUCUGCUUUGCUUUUAUUGUACAGUCAGUACUAUCAAAUUCUUAAGUUGAGUUUUAUAACUUUGCAGCAUUUUAGAUAAUGUGUUUGUACUUUGUUGUGUAGAGUGGAAGAAUUGUGUUGAAUAAACUUAGGAUUAGAGUGCA